CGUCUGUCUUCCGCAAUGCUUGGGCGCGCGGGCCCUGCUUUGCGUGUUGCGGUAGCUCAUUCGCAAAGCCGCACAGAAGCUCGAGGAGUCGAGGGCAUCUCGCGCAUCACCUAAGAUGAAAGAUUCGACUGUACUGCCAGGCUCUCGCCUAGCGCUCAGCUUAGAGCAAGCUGCGAGUGACGAUGAGCGCAAAGCUCUAGUCAGGGGCAUCUAUCGUCACCGCAAACAGUAUGGUGUCAAUCUUGGCUCCCUCUUUGCCCUCGAACCAUGGCUCGUUCCAUCCCUCUUCAUCGGUAUCGUAAGCGCCUCUAGCGAGAUGGAUCUGCUCAGUGCGACUAGUGCGGAUUCGUCUAAUCGAUUGCAGAAGCAUUGGGAACAGUUCGUCGACGAUGGUGACUUCCAAUGGAUGAGGGGACACGGCAUAAACACGAUCAGGCUGCCUAUCUCAUACGCGGCAUUCGCAGCAAGCCAAGCGCCCGAUCUGCUGCGCGGCACAGAGUACGAAAAUUUUGCGCAGAUCUACCGGACAGCAUGGACGUCCGUAGAUCAGAUUAUUCGCAAAGCUGCGACUCACCAGAUUGGCGUGCUAAUCGACCUUCAUUGCGCUCCAGGCGGGCAAAAUGCUGACGGACACUCGGGUCUGUCUGGCGCGCCGGUUGCGUUCUGGCGAGGUUCUCGAGCAGACUGGAAUCGCGAAAGAACGAUCGAGAUACUCUCGCGGAUUGCAGAGCGACUCUCAGACACCGCGUACGACAAUGUCAUAGGUCUGGAGCUGCUCAAUGAACCGAAGAACGACGGAAGAUUACAGGCAUGGUACGAGCGCGCUCUGGAUGCUAUCCGAAAGCAGAAUAUCGACCUUCCCAUCUACAUUGGCGACGCUUGGGAUGCGAAUCACUACUCGGGCUGGCUGGCGCAACGAAACGACUUUGUUGUGCUGGAUCAUCACUGUUAUCGGUGUUUUACGGAUGCAGAUCAUCGCACCUCUGCCGAACAACAUGCGAGCACCAUGUCCCAUCCACACGGUCACAUGCAUCAGGCCCUCGAGAGCUGGUCCAGUAGGGCAGCUGGUGGGAAGGGUGGGGGCAUCAGAGGUGGGAACUUGAUCAUCGGAGAAUGGAGUGCUGCUCUCAAUCCUAGAAGCUUUGGAGGCAGCGAUGCGCCCAGCGCAACUUCCAAACAGACUCAGUGGGCACAAGCGCAAAUACAAUGCUACAAUCGAAACACAGCUGGCUGGUACUUCUGGACUCUGAAGAAAGAGGGGCCGCCAGAUGCUGGAUGGUGCCUGUAUUCUGCCGUAGAAGCUGGUGUACUGCCAAAGGUGCUCUCCGAGACUCGCUCUGCAGCACCGCCAUCAAGUACACUGCAAGCAGCACAAGAGCGAGCCACAUCAUCGCACGAAUCAUACUGGUCUCAGCAUGAUCGUGGAGUUCUUUCGCAGAGCUGGCGCUUCAAGCAAGGAUUUCGACAAGGACUUGUUGACGCUCACACCUUUUGGUCUUUUGGAAGGAGUGCAGUCGGCUUCCGCAACCAGUGGUGUCAUGCUCGUCUCUUACAACAUGACCAUGAUAACGGCAAGGAGCAUAGUUGGCAAUUCGCUCACGGCAUGUCCCAGGCAUUGGACGCGUUCGCGACGGUCUAGUAUUUGCGCGUCAUGAUGCAUCUUGUCCAUCUUUUGCGCUUCACACGCUACUCCAGAAGCGAGCGAUCUUGUAGGCACGUCGAACCAUGGCCAAUUUGUUCAAGCUUGUGACCUACUUCCGUCUCGCAAUCAAGAGUCUUGAUUCAACAUCGAGUCUCCAAAUGAGCCUAGGCUGUGUGUAGGCUUGGGCAGUCCACGUGACGCGUGGUGCCAAGACUCCGGUCAUGUAUCAAACGCGUGUACCUGCCGAGCGCUGAAAGG